AUGAUUCUCCUGGAUCUUCUGGGCACGGAUAUCGGGUUCGAUUGCGUGUCAUCCCGACGCUCAGCAUGGGUUCCCUUUUCUGGUCAAGUUGCGGGAAUUAAUAAUCGCAAGGACGGGCGUCAAUUCUGGACAUCACUGUUCGGCCUUCCCAAGAUCAGUUCUUACAUGCAAUCGACGCAAAACAUUUACGAUAAAUUUUUGGCGAUUCAAGAUCACCUUCGGAACAAGCGACUUCUGGUGGCCCACGAUGGUAAAGGGAAGUACUGCAAGUACUUCCGGUCCGAAACGGCUUAUGGGACCAACAUUGCAGACGACCAUGUGCCGUUCAUGAACAAAGGGGUGAAGAUAUUGCACGCCAUCGUUUCGCCUUUCCCUUCAAUUUGGCACACGGACUUGGACCGAGACAUUUCCCUCCACUGGCCAACCAUACAAAACCUCAACAUGAUUUUCCGAAUCGGAGUCGCCGAUUACCUCGGACUUUGAAUAACUUAAAUCGAGGAUAAAUUUCCGGAAGUUUGGGACGACCCAAAAAAAAAAAUUGCGAUGACAAAAAAAAACAGAAUCAUAAAAUCUGUCCCGAUUCGACUUUCAUUGCUUCUCGGUCCGAAAUAAAGCGCAAUAAAACAGCAC